AAAAUGCUUAAACCCCAUCAAGUCACAUAACAAAAGGGGAGCCGAGGGUUAAGAAUCUGAUGACAGAACUCGUGGUAGCCCUCCACUCACCGCCGCAGGAAAGUAUAGAAAUGACACACUACGGCUCUCGACUCAUUUCUCAAACCCUCUCAAGCCUCUCCAAACGGAGUAUAAUCUCCAGAAUCCAUUAUGAAAGCCCAUCAAAAUUCUCGAAUUUUAUACGCAAAUUUGCUGCUUCGGCGCAGGAACCGAAGGCGGGUAGCUCGGAGAAAGUAUCAGCUAUAGUAGAUGAGAUUUCCGGGUUGACAUUGCUGGAAAUAUCAGAUUUGACGGAAGUUUUGAGGAAGAAAAUGGGGAUUGAAGAAAUGCCCAUGAUGGCGGUGAUGAUGCCUGGGAUGGGGUUUGGCCCAGGAAUGGCAGGGCCAAAGGGGAAGGCCGGUGGGGCUGGUCCGAAGGAGGAGGAGAAGAAAGAGAAGACAUCGUUUGAUUUGAAGCUCGAGGGGGGAUUUGAUGCAGCCGCCAAGAUCAAGAUUAUUAAGGAAGUGCGGGCGUGCACGGAUUUGGGGUUGAAGGAAGCCAAGGAACUCGUGGAGAAGGCGCCAACGUUGUUAAAGAAGGGGGUUCCCAAAGAGGAAGCUGACAAGAUUAUUGAGAAGAUGAAGGGAGUCGGGGCUAAAGUCAUAAUGGAGUGAGCCAUUUUUACUAUAACAACAAUCACAGACCACUGUGGCCAACACACAAUCAAAGGGCAAUUUUACAAGCAAAGGAUUGCCAGUCUUCACUUUUGAUGAUGCUGCAACUAUUUUAGAUAUUCAAAUAACUUGGAAGAAUCACAUCCAAUUUGUAUGCCCAAUUUGUAUGCAUUUCGUUGCAGAGCUCCUUAAUUGAUCUAUUAAUUCAAGGAUGUAUCAGCUCUUUUUUGUUUUUUCAGAGCCAUUUGCUAGUUUUCAGCACUAGACAACCAUUGUACUUUAAAGAUUUUCCCUUUCGGUUUUCUUUUUCUAGUUUGGAUGGCUGAAUUCGUUAGUUUCAUCAUGAUGUGAUCAAAUCAUCUUAGGAUAAUAUGCUUAACCAUGAAAGAAUCAAAGUUUGUUUCCCAUGUUAAAAGGAUUCGUGAUUCUGUUAUUGUACCCUUUUUUCCCUCCU